UUUCUCGCGAGAGCGCAGGUAUUCGAAGCGCAGUUAUAAAUGGAAUUGAACGUUUGCCGUGAGGAGCGAGUCAAGAGAACGAACACAAGCGCACCCGCACCAGCAGCAGCAGCAGCACCAGCAAAUUCUCCAACACGAAUCUAGAGGAAAAGCGGCCGCAGCCGCCGCCGCCAAUAGGGACAGGUCGCAACGCGGCUUUUUCUUUGUAGGGUCCCCCCGCUCUCGCAGGGCCACCGAACUGCAGCACUAUGUGCGAGGUUUGCACCGACUUCCAGAACCUCCUGGAGCUGUAUGAGGCGCGCGUGGCCAGCUCGGAGCUGAAAUUCCAGCUGCUGUUGAAGAGCGAGAUCGAGACGACAUUCAACUACAUCCAGUCAUGGCCCCAGCGGCAGUGCAUGUGCCUGUACCGGGACAACAAGAACUACGACCGGUUCAAUCUGGUGGUGCAGUCCCUCAUCUGCCUGACGGUGCAGCAUCUCAAGCACAUCGAUCACCUGAUUGAGAACUACAAACGUCUCACGGCCAGUGCCGCUCAGGUGGUGGCCCAGGCCCAGCAGCAGCAGCAACAACAGCGGGACUCCAGCAAUGAAACGGAGUCGCCGUCGACGGAGAACGAGAACAAGCCCAAGGAGUCUAGCCCAACUGGGGAAAACAGAAAGGAGUCCGGCGCCGAUGAAAUCCAGGCCGCUGGCGAUGGCCCGCCCAAGAGGAGCGGACCGAGCACACCGCCACCGCCGCCGCCCAGUGUCAAGGCGCACAUCCAGUACACGGAGGAGCCGUGGAUACUGCCGGAGGUCGAGAAACUGCUGGUGCUCGUCUCGAAGGUGUUUCUGCUCAACUUUCCCCUGUACAUUGCCCACAAGCAUGGGAUGCACUCGCGCCUGGACGACCUCCAGGCGGAAGAGGCCCACCAUUUGGCCCUAAUCUGUGAUCUACACGAUAAUGAACUUCCCAUCUACCUGCUGCGCAAUGUGAGUCUCUUCUGCAACUCGGGCGGCUUUGGGGCCAUGUCGCUGUGCUUCGAGCAUCCCGACCUGCCCGUGUCCACAGCCCACUCCAUGACCGCCGCUGUGUCGAAUGUGAAGCUCUGGCUCAACUAUCACUGCAACACGCAGCUGUUCGUGCCCCUGCGCAGCCGCAUCCUGCAGUUCAUGUGCAAGCUGUCCGACCAGAACCUCCGUUCAGCGGCCACCCGUGCCAUGGCCGACUUUGUGUGGUCCUCCCUGCGCGAUCCCCUCGAUGUGGCCGUCAACUUUGACACCGAAGGCCUGGCCCUGGCCUUCAAGUACUUCACAUCCACCACACUGACGAUGCGUCUGGCAGGCAUGUCGCAGAUCAACUCGCACAUAAACCUCUUCAACGAGAUCUGCACCACGGAGACGGUCAACGAAGUGGAGCUGUUUGGCCAGCGCAUCGCCAACUGGCUAACGGAGAACCACAUUGUCCAGCACCUGUUCGGGCCCAAUCUGCACGUGGAGAUCGUGAAGCAGGCCCACGUUCUGCUCAACUUCCUGGCCGUGGAGAAUCAAAUCUCCGAGGACGACAUCAAGCUCAUCUGGCAGGCCACCCAGCUGAAGCACUGCUCGAAGACCAUCUUCGAUAUACUGCCGUCGCUGGUGAAGAACCUGGCCCCCCGUCCGGCCAUGCACUUGUACUCGCUCCUCUGCCGCAUGGACCCCAAGGACCACACCGAGCAGAGCAUCUACAUUGCCUCGGCGCUAACCAAGCUACUGUGGACACGCGACUGCUCGCGCAGCCAAAUGAAUCUGAUGCAGGACCAUCUGCUGGGCGCCAAUGUGACCGCCUCCAGUUCGGACAGCGGCAGCAUCGAGGGCAGCAACACGGAGGACGAUCAUGUGGGCGCCGAUGACAGCAGCGUGGCCAGCGGAGGCGGUGGCGGUGGCGGCGGCGUUGCCGGCCCCAUCUGCCAAAAGAGUCCCAUCGACGGUAUUCCGCCCUGCAAGCAGGCCCGUCACCGGCGCCACAUCUGCGAUCCCACCACCGAGAAGGGCAAGCAACUCGGCCCCGAAGGCAAAGUGGAGAUGGUCAGAAACAAUCGCAUUGUGAACAUCAUCGACAACACGAGCAGCGAAGAGGAGCUGCAGUCGCGGGCCGCUUUGGAGCUGCAGCUGCAUCGCAACCGGAAGAAGACGAGCAACAAGCGGAGGCGCCAGAAGGCGGUCAACAAGCAGAUGAUGGUGAGCCACGAUCUGGUGGAGAUCUGGGACGGACCGGAGGAUGUGCCCAGCAGCGAUGACGGAGAUGCUGACGGCGACGGCGAGCUGCUGGCCGACAGCGACGACUGCAGCGAUGGGACAGCCAGCCAGCUGGUGCCCUCGGCUGUGCUGAAGCACCUCCAUGGCGAGGGCCCCUACAUUCGGGCCAUCGCCGAGACGAACAUCAGUGAGCUGCUGAGCGGGGGCGAGAACGAUGGCAGCUACUCCUCGCCGAUGAGCAACAAGUCGGAGAAGAAUCUCGCAGACUUCGACGACGAGGAUGUGUCCCCCUGCGAGGAGGAGCUGGCCCAGCUGGUCAACUCCCAUGCCGGGCGUGUGGCAGUGGCCGGUGCCAACUGCCGGGACGUGCCACCAGCCUUUGCGGCCGCCGCCGCUGCCAUGAUGGUGGCCCAGUCGGCCAUGGCCAUGCAGAAGUCGGGAGAGACCAAUGUAGCCGCCGCCGUGGCUGCCGUGGCCGCUGCCGCCGUGGCAACAGACAAUGCGCAGCAAUCGCUGGUGGCCACCAUGCGGCAGGCGAAUGCCAAUGCAGCUGCGGCCGUGGCUGCGGCUGCGGCCAACAAAUCCAAGUCGGACUCGGAUGGGGAUCUGCUGGAGGUCAAGCAGCCGCAGCAGCAUAAUUCCUCCAAGGGAGGGACCAACACCACCUCCGUACAGCCUUCCUUCAAACUGAACGACGUCUGCCUGCCGGGGAAUACGCUGUUAUGGGAUCUGCUGCAAGAUGAAAAGAUUGGUCAACUGGGUGAAUCUCUGGCCCUGGAGGCGGAGAAGGCGCUGGCCACGCUGCUCUGCUUCAGCAUGGACCGCCAGCUGCGCACAAAGUUCAUCGAGGGCUGCCUCUUCAACGUGGCCAACAAUCGGAGCGUGAUCGUGAGCCUGCGCCUGCUGCCAAAGCUGUUUGCCUCGUUUCAGCAGUUCCGGCCGUCGGACACCCACUCGAUGACGCUGUGGGCGGAGCGCAAUCACCGGAUGAUGCAGUGCUUCUUCCAGAACAUCCGCUUCUAUGCGCGACGACACGCCGAGCUGCUGGUCAACCAGAACGGGGAGCAACAGCAGCAGCAGCUCGGCGGACAGCUGUACUCGCACAAGACGCAGGUCUCGGUCCGGCUGCAGUUCCUUUCGUCGAUCUUCUCGACGGUGGGCUCCCCCAAGACCUUUCGCCUGACUCUGGAGCAGCUGGAUGCCCUGUGGGAGUGGCUGGCACACGAUCCCGAGUGCGCCGACUGCUACUUUUCGUGGCUGCAGGCCCAGGCCAAGGGCGGAGACCAGCAUGCCCUCGGCAUCGAGGCUCUGCAGCAUCUGUACUUGAAGAAGCUGCCCGAGCUGCGGCCCGAGGAGUUCUCGAUGGUGGCUCUGGGGCUGUUCCAGCAGCUGUGCAGCUUCGCGCGCAUCGCCAUGGCCGAGUACGACAAGCACAACGACCAGAUCUCGUCCACGGCCAGUGCCGUGGGCAUGUACCACCUGUGGAAGAUCGCCCUGCGAGCGCAGAGCAACGAGGUUUCUCUGGCGGCCAUCCAGUACAUCAACAUGUACUACAUGGGCCAGCAGCUGCGUCUCGAGAAGGAGUUCGUGUCCCAGUGCAUGGAGAAUCUGGUGCAGGCGGCCACAGCCCUUGAAAGCAUUGAGGACGAGAACGCUCUGAUGAGGGUGCAGCGCGGCCUGCUCCUGUUGAACACACAUCUGGACACGUUCCGCCGGCGCUACGCCUUCCAUCUGCGGCGCUGGGCCAUCGAGGGCAAGGGCAUUGCGUCGCACAGCAAUCUGAAGAACGAGGGCGCCGGGGCGCCACUGCGGAUACUGCUGCAGCAGGCGGGGCUCUCGGAGAAGAGCUCGCUGCAGAUGCACGCCUGCGAUCUGAUUGCGGACCUCAAGGCCGAGGUCUCCAAGUGGUGGGAGAGCCUGCAGACGGGCAUGGCGGCGCCAGUGCUGGGACUGCUGCUGAGCGACGGCCCGCUGAGGAUCAUCACCCAGGGCCAGGAGCUGACCUCGGACUACGACGAGCGGAGCCUGGGCGAUGCCGGCUUCAAGGAUAAUCAGAUUGUCUACGUGUCCCUGGGGGGACGAGGCGCACGCCGAAAGGAAUCGAAUCUGGAGCAUCCGUCGAUGCUGCCACCGCCGCCCAAGGAAUGCCUGCCCACCGUGCUCCUGCUGCAGCCAAAGUACUUCGAGAAGCUUUUCUGCCUGAUGCAAACCCUCGGCGACAUGAAACCCCAGGCCUCGGCAGUGAAUCUGCAGCACCACACAAAGGCGCAGCUGCUCUCCCGCCGCGUCUGGGACAUCCUGGCCAUGCUGCCCACCAAUCCGCAGAUCCUCGAUGCCUUCAAGAGCCUGGUGACGGACCUGGGCGAGCUGGAGCAACUCGAUGCGACCGCCUCCGAGGACAAGGAGAAGGAGGAGCAGCUGGCCAACAAACGCAAGCAGAUCAAGCAGAAGUUUCGCGACCUGCUGGACCCCAACAACCUGCAAAAGUUCAUGUAUUCGUUGCACAUUGUGGAGAGCCUGGCCCUGAGCAGCGUGCGGCGCGAGGCCAACGGCAAUUUCGAGGUGAUGCGCGGCAAAAAGUCGUCGUCAUCGAUGGCCAGGCGAAGGAACAGCAACGAACCGCCACUGCCGCCCCCAGAGCCGAACUCCAAGCAGCAGCAACAGGCACAGAUCUGCGAGUUGCUGGAGGAGUCGGUGCUGAGCGGUGGCCAGCAAUCGGACACAGAGGCCAGUGGCAGCAGUGGCGGCGACAAGGAGAACCAGCCCAGCAGCAGCAGCACCACCACCACCACCAAGCAGCAGCAGCAGCAGCACUGCAAGCGGCAAAAGAAAAGCGAAAGCCUGGACCGACCCGUGGGCUGUGCCACACCGCCGUCGCCCAUACCCCCACCACCGCCACUCACGACCAUGGCUCAGGCCAUUCCGACAGGCCCCGCGCCCCUGGUGCUAGGCGACAACAAGUGGAGCGAGGCGUUCGUCAAGUGCGGAGGCCUGCGGCAUCUCUACGAGAUCUUCAUUGCCGGCCAGCUGCAGCAGAGCUCCUAUCCGAAGGAAGUGGCCUUGAACGAGUGGCGCCACGACUGCCUAGCCAGCCUGUUGCGCAUCCUCUGGCUGCUGGGCUUCGAGGAGCUGCAUUCGCCGGACAUACACGUGCUCCUGUCGCGGCCACAUCCCUUCAUGCUGCAGCUGAUGGAGGUGCCGCAGUGCCUGCGGCGUCUCUCGAGCAUCCUCAACGACGAGGUGUACCAGAACGUGUCGCCCAACUCCCUGGUGUUCCCCUACCAGUUCCACCAGCUGCGCACGGGCUUCUGGGGCCGGGCACAGCUCGUCCAGUUCAGCAUGAACAUCCUCGUGAGCUUCAUCCACGCCUCGGCGGAGGCCCGCCGCGUGCUCUGGUCGCAGGGGGACCCCGGCAUGUGGCUGCAGAAGUUCAUACUGGAGGAUCCCGAGCCAUCGGUGCGUCGCGAGAUCUGUGCGGGCCUCUAUCGCAUCUGCUUGGGCAAUGCCCAGAGCUACCGCCUGUUGCUGGCCCCGCUACUGCACAAGCUGAUCACCCUGCUGCCGAUGGCCGAGCAGAUGAGCGCCUCCACGCAGCACACGCAGUUCCUGCUGUCGGAGGAGGGCAAGGAGCCGUACGGGCCCGCCUGCAGGGACUACUUCUGGCUGCUGGCGCGCCUCGUAGACACCCUGUCGUCGGAGAUUGGCGCCGAGGAGCACAUCGACAUCGAGAUGCUGUGCGAGAGCAUCUCCCAAAGCAUCCUCACCCGCGACUACUACGAGCUGCGGCAGGGCUUCCAGGACGACGCCAUGGUGGGGCUGCUCAACCUCAUGUCGAACCUGAUCAAGCACGACACCCGCUUCAAGUACAAGCCCAAGAUCCUGGUCUUCAUGGACCAGCUGCUGGGCCUUCUCUUCGACAUGCCCUCGCCCUCGGACCGCCACAAGCCCAAGUGCAAGUCCCCCACGUCCCGAGCGGCCGCCUUUGAUCUGCUAAUGGAGCUGACCCGCGGCUGUGCCACCAACUUCACCUAUCUCCACGGCCGGCUGAUGGCCCAGCACAAGUCGGGGCCGAAGCCCCCGUACCCGUGGGACUACUGGCCCCGCGACGAGGGGCGAGCCGACUGCGGCUACGUGGGUCUGACCAACCUGGGGGCCACCUGCUACAUGGCCUCCUGCAUCCAGCACCUGUACAUGAUGCCCCAGGCCCGAGCGGCGGUGCUGCGAGUGCCCCCGGCGGGGGCCCAGAAGCAUGCCCCCACGCUGCUCGAGCUGCAGCGAAUGUUCGCGUACCUGCUGGAGUCGGAGCGGAAGGCCUACAAUCCGAGGAACUUCUGCAAGGUGUACCAGAUGGACCACCAGCCGCUGAAUACCGGCGAGCAGAAGGACAUGGCCGAGUUCUUCAUCGACCUGGUGUCUAAGCUGGAGGAGAUGACGCCCGAUCUGAAGCAUCUGGUGAAGCGGCUCUUCUGCGGGACGCUCAGCAACAACGUGGUCUCGCUGGACUGCGGCCACGUCUCGCGCACCGCCGAGGAGUUCUACACGGUGCGCUGCCAGGUGGCGGAUAUGCGCAACUUGCAGGAGUCCCUGGACGAGGUCACCGUCAAGGACACCCUUGAGGGCGACAACAUGUACACUUGCUCGCAGUGCGGCAAGAAGGUGCGCGCCGAGAAGCGGGCCUGCUUCAAGAAGCUGCCCCAGAUCCUGUGCUUCAAUACGAUGCGGUACACGUUCAACAUGGUAACGAUGCUCAAGGAGAAGGUGAACACCCACUUCUCGUUCCCGCUGCGCCUGAACAUGCGCCACUACGUGGAGAAGACCCUCAUGCCGCAGCAGUACAAAGAGGAGCGCGAGAAGCGGCAGCGGGAGAGCGAGGCGGGAUCGGGCGCGAACGAUCGGGAUGAGAACGAAAAGGCUGAGGCAACGCUGGAUGCGGACAUUGAGGAGUGCUAUGAGUACGAAUUGGUAGGCGUCACCGUCCACACAGGCACCGCCGACGGCGGCCACUACUACAGCUUCAUCAAGGAGCGAACGAAGAACAACUUCCAUCCGCUCGAGCGGUGGUUCCUCUUCAACGACGCCGAGGUCAAGCCCUUUGAUCCCUCGCAAAUAGCAGCCGAAUGUUUUGGCGGCGAGAUGACAAGCAAAACCUACGAUUCGGUGACGGAAAAGUAUCUGGACUUUAGCUUUGAGAAGACCAACUCCGCGUACAUGCUUUUCUACGAGCGACGGCUGCCGGAGCAUCUGCAGCGUCGGCAUUCCGAGCUGCUGGUCACGCCCACGCCCAGUCCCGCCGUGGAGGAGAAGCCAGAGGCGGGAGCAGCAAGUGCCCAGGAGGAGGAGGAGGUGGAAGUGGAGGAGACACCGAAGGUGGAGAAAGUGGAAAAGGAGAGCGAGAGUAAAAAGGAGGAGCCAAAAGAGAAACUGGAGGAGCGGCGUGAGGGGAAGAUGCAGACUGACAGGACGGACCAGGAGGAGGAGCAGCAGCAGCCGCAGGAGGAGCAGCAACAGCCGCAGGAGGAGCAGCAACAGCCGCAGGAGGAGCAGCAGGAUGGGGAUGGGGAGGGGGAGCAUCUAACAGCCAAUUGUGAUAAUUCUAAGCCAAGUAACAGCAGCAGCAGCAUCAGCGAGCAGCAACCUUCCACCUCCAAGACUUCUUCGUCCUUCAAGCUGCAGCUUCUUCGUCCUCUGCUGAACAAAGAGCUGGAGGACUGGAUCUGGCAGGACAACCGCCAGUUCCUGCAGGAGCGCAACAUCUUCGACCACACAUACUUCAACUUCAUGUGGCAGCUGUGCAGCAUCAUACCGCAGACUCUGGUCUCCGAAGCCGACUACACCUGCAUGGCUGCCCAGUUGUCGGUGUCGUUCUUCAUCGAGACCUUCAUCCAUGCCAAGGAGAAGCCCACAAUGGUGCACUGGGUGGAGCUGCUGACCAAGGAGUUCAUUGGGAGCCAUGAGGCCUGCGAGUGGUUUCUGUCCCAGAUGGCCCUGGAGCCAUUCUGGCCAGUCCAGGUGCUCAUCCAGUGCCCCAAUCAAAUGGUGCGCCAAAUGUUUCAGCGGCUAGUCAUCCACGUAAUCCAGCAGCUGAGGGCAUCCCAUGCGGAUCUGUUCCUGGACGUGGAGACAGAUGACGAAGGUAAGGAGCUGAUUGGCCAGGCCUCGUGCGUGACGCGAUUCAUUGGCUCCCUGAUCUCGCUGCUGGAGCACGGGGCGCGCUCGCAUCUCCGUCAUCUGUCCGAGUACUUCAGCCUGCUGUGCGAGUUCUCGCGCAUGGGCGACGAGGAGGCCAUGUUCCUCCUGCGCAUCGGAGUGCUCAAGAGCCUGGUGGACUUCUAUCUCGGCAACAAGCAGACGACGGACAGCAUCGAAAUCAGCUCGGACAACGAGGACAACUCCUCCGACGAGGCGCUCUCCGUGGAGAAGAUGCGGCCGGCCUCGCUGGACAAGAUGAUAGCGCUCUGUGCCAGCCUCGUGGAGAGAUCCCGCGGCCCCGAUUUCCGUCUGAAGCUCUCCCCAAAAGACUUUAACGCCAUAGCCGGCGGCAAGGGUUUUCCAUUCUUGUACCAACAAAUAAAGGAUGGAAUUAAUCCGCACCAGACCAAGCAUUUAAUCCAUGCUCUCUGCCGCUGGGACGACCGCCUGGCCACCCAGAUCGUCAGCAUGCUCUUCGCGUCGGUCACCAAGCACACGGAGCUCUGCGCCCCCUUCUUCAAGCUGCUCACGCUGCUCACAGAGACCCAGGGCGGUCCCGUGGGCCUGCCCUGCUUCACGCAACUCAUUCUGCCCCGCAUGUGGGACGCCGCCGAGUACUGCCCGCAGUCCGUGCUCGACUGGCUCUCCCUGCAGGCCACCAAAAACAAGAUAGCCCACGCCUGGAUCCUCCAAUCCGCUGAGCAGUGGCUGGAGCAGUUCCUUCUAGCCCACGACAACACGCGCGUGCGGAAUGCUGCCGCCUUCCUGCUGGUGGCUCUGGUACCCUCGCAGCCCUUCCGCGCCAACUUUCGGGCGCACUCGCAGCACAAGCUGUUGGCCCUCAAUCCGCACAGCUAUCGCGACAUCAAUAGCGAGGCCCAGGUGGUGCUGCAUCAGGUGAUCACGCUGCUGCUGCGUCUGUUGAGGCCGGCGCGCGUCUAUGCGGACAUUGCCUCCCAUGGCACCACCAAGCUGACCGCCUACUUCAACCUCCUCAGCUACUGUAUGGUUUCAAAGACUGAAAAACUAAUGAUAGGUUCGUUCAUGCGCUCCCUGUGGGAGCUGUUCCAUCCGCGCCUCUCGGAGCCCAGUGUGCCCGCCCAUCACAACAAGCAUGCGCUGCUCACCUUCUGGCACCAUUCACUGGUGGACUGUCCCGAGAAUGCCGCCCAAGUGGCCAGCUGUCCGGAGAUAACGCGCAACAUAGCAUUUAAUUAUAUAUUGGCCGAUCAUGAUGACGCCGAGAUCGUCACCUACAACCGGUCCAUGCUGCCCGCCUACUACGGCCUGCUGCGGCUGUGCUGCGAGCAGAGUCGUGCCCUCACCCGCCAGCUGGCGCAGCACCAGAACCUGCAGUGGGCCUUCAAGAACAUCACCCCGCAUCCCACCCAGUAUGCGGCCGCUGUGGACGAACUGUUCAAGCUGAUGGCUCUGUUUGCCACACGGCAUCCAGACGCCGGCGAGCAGGAGAAGCUGGAUGUCAUACAGUUCAGGCGGACAAUCAUUAUGUCCUACAUGAGCAGCCUGGACGCACGGGUCUCCUGGUCCACGCUGAUCAGUGCUCUAAAGAUAUUGGUGGACAAUGAGGAUGAUCGCAUGGUGGUAAUCUUCAACGGAGGGAUUGAGAUGUGCUUUGAGGCGCUGCACACGCUACAUUCCAUGCAUCACGAGGCGACGGCCUGCCAUGUGGCCGGGGAUCUGUUCGAUCUGCUCGGGGAGAUGCUCCUGCUGCUGGCCACCCUGCGCACCCGGACGGACAGUCCCGCCCAGAAGAAGCAACAGCAGCAGCAGCAACAACUGGAGCAGCAGCUACAACUGCAGCAACAGCAGCUCCUGCAGAAGCAGCAGCAGCAGACACAGAGCACCCAGGCCCCGCAGACGCCGCAGCAGAAGGAGAAGCAGCUGCAGCAGCAGAUGCAGCAGCAUCUGCAACUCCAGCAGCUGCAGCACAUGCAGUUCCAGCAGCAGCAUUUCUUGCGCCAGCAGCACCAGCACACGGCCCUGGCCAAGGCCCUGCCGGAUGCGGUCAAGCGGCUGGCCACGCUACUGAACACAUUCAACUCGCCGGAGAUCAGCCGCAUGGCCCUGGAGGUGCUCAAGGAGCUGGUGCGGAACACCAGCCUGGAGGCCACCAAUAUACUGGCACCCAUUCUGAUCAACUGCCAUUUGUCCGUGGCCAAUGCGCCGAAUGCCAUCGGACCCCUGGGUCCGUUCUUCCCACGUCGCGGAGCCAAGCACACACCCUGGCCGCUGGGGGCCAAGAACUCGCCACGGCCGCCCCGGCCCAUGGUCCAGAUGUGCAUCGCUUUGUCCGAGCUGACGCCGCGUGGCCUGGAUGCGGAGUACGAUGCCCAUGUGGAGGCCUUCUACAGGCCCUAUCACGACUUCAUCGACGUGAUGAUGCGGAUGUGCGUCAACACGGGCUCCCUCAACGACACCCUGGUCAAACUGCACUGCCUGGUGGCCAUCGAAUCGACGCCGCUGCAUUUCAAUUACUUUCCCAAGUUCUGGGUGGGCAUCCACAACAAUGCCCUGACACACAAAUACACGGAGCUACUGGUCAAGAACCAACUGCUGGUGGAAUACCUGCACAAUGUGCUCAGGGACGAGCGCAGCAUGCUGAAGGACACGUGUGUGCGCGAGUUCCUGGAGCUCUACUACCAUCGGGUGGCCACCCAGCUGCCAGUGGCGCGCAUGAUCUACACGAUCAACUAUGGCAUGCACUCGAAGGAUGACAUCGAUGAGCUGUGCGGAGAUCUGUUUGCCAUACGGAUCAUUGCCGAGGCGACGGGUGUGCCGGCCACCGUGCGGAAGGAGUUGCGUGGCUCCCUCAGGGCGCUCCAGAACAAGAGCGAACGCUUCAGGAUAGAGGCAGAGCGGGACGAAUUUCCCAACAAGAAGCAGAAACGGGACUCGUACAAGGAGAAGGAGAAAGAUCAGGCGGCGCAGUCUGACACCGAUAACUCCUCGGUUACGGAUCCCAGCAAGGCCACAGAUGUCUCCAUGGAGGUUGUGGCCACCAACAGCCUCAACAGCGACCCAGUUGUCGACAAAACUGCCAAACCACCGACACCUGCCGGCAGCGAGGACGAGCAAAUGGAGAGCACGUCUUCGGAGAAGCUCGUAGAGAAAGCUGGCUCGACCCCAUCGUCUGACGAUGAAACGGAGCUUGAGGAUGAGCUCGAGCCCACGCCCAAGCGCAACAAGAAGUCCAGCAACAAGAAAACCGCACAGGAUCGCCUGAACGAGGAGCGAGAGAAGCAUCUGAUCACGCUAAUCACCAUGGAGUCGUACAUCCAAAAGAUUUUCUCCAUCUUGAAGCGAGACUCGAAGCAAAUAGAAGAGCAGGCGGCAGCCUCCGAGGCCUCCACAUCGACAGCGGCGGCGGCGGCAGCGGCGGCGGCCAAGGCCAGACCCAAGGGGGCGCACACUCCGCCAGAGCCGCCCAUGCCCGAAGCGUCCAUGGAAACGGAGACGUCAUUCUGUGGACGGACAGAGGCCGAAAAGCGACCGCAUUCGCCCGUGGCCGGCAAACCCAAUGGCAGCCAGCCGAUGGCCGACGAUUCCCUGCCCAGCGUCAUCGAGGCUGCCCUGGCCACGCCCACCACACCCGCUGUUGCCUCCACAUCCCAGGCGGCGAGUCCAACACAAAUGUAGUUGUCGUUCAACGAUUUGAUCAGCAUUUUAUUUUUCGGCAAGCCCCUGGACUGAUGAUGGGAAAGCGGGGAUGAUGGGAUUGGGGGGCUGCUGCUUAACUUGUAAGAAUUUCGUGGCCAAAGGUCAAUGUUAGAUACGGAUACAGAUUAAUGUAAGCAACCCAAGGUUGGUGCUAAUGUUUGACUUGUGGACUCCAAUCUGCUCCACACACACACGAAGAGACAGACGGAACAGACGGACAAAAGAAUUCAGAUUUAAAAAAGUUACGGAUACUAGAUUGUAAGGUUAGCUUAGCGGCAUCUAACUCACACACAUUCAAGACCCACAAACACAUACAUAUAUUCAAUAUAUAGCUAUAAAUGUAACUAUUUGUAAGACUCCCCAAGCACACAACCAAGAAGGAGCCCAAGCAGAUUACCUUUCAGAACUUAGCCAAGUGCAAAAGAUUGGAAAACAAUUUGUAUGCCAAAAAGAACAUCAAACUCAAGACAAAGCUGAAAUAUUACAAGAUUACCAUUAACAAAUGGCAUUGAAUGUUUUAACAGCAAUAGUGGCAGAAGAGUAUAUCAAUGAAACGGCUUACGAGACGCUAAUAUCUAUUAUAUGUGUUGUAUUAGGAUCCAUUAAGUGUCAUUUAUGAAACGAUGCUAAGAACAUUUGCUCCUCCUCAUCCUCCUGCUCCUCCACCUCCACAUCCCCUUACCCGUCCCCGUCCCACCAGCACGGUAAACGAGAAACGAUACGUUAGAAAUGAACAGAUAUUAUUACGAUACCUAUAUAUAUAUAACUUAACGAAACAUUUUAAAAUAUUGGAUGUGUGUUGUUAGCCAACGAUUUCCAAUGUGAAUUGUGCACAACGCAAACAAAAUCGAACAGUUCUUUUAGUUCAAGUUAUAAAAUACAACGUAGUCCGUAAGCGAUUGCUGUCCCAAGGUGAAACACAACAGGACACAAGAAAUGAUACCAAUAUAAAUAAUAAUAAAUAAAUAAAGCUUAAAGUAAUGGCCCGCCCCGACGAAUCCCGGGGAGGGCGCACAUUGUUAGACAUAAGCCACGUACACCCCCAGCAUACGAUCGAAAUCUACAAUGUAAUGUGUUGAAACAGAAAACAAACGAAAACUAAAAUCACAAACUAAAAUCAUGAGAGAAUAUAAGUUAACUGAUAUGUAAUUGAA